AUGACAGCCUGUCGACCUCCCCCAGGCAUCGUCGCCGGCGCCUACCAAGGCCGACCUGCUGCACCCGAGCUUCCUGCCCCCGUGCGAGCACGCGAAGGAUGGCGGAGAAAUGCAUGCACACGCGUUUGUGUCCUGACCGUCACAGACCUCCUGUCCCUCGCUGCAGCGAAAGCCUCGUCCGCCGAGGCUGCCGCCUCCAACCAAUCCAAGAAGGUUGAGCCUGGCUCCUCUGUCCCGGCCACUUCCUACCUUUCCGCGACCAGGCCUCCCAAUGGCACGACCGGUUCGACUCCCGGCACCAAGGCGCGCCGCAUGAGCUCGUCCACCACGGGCGUUCUGGGACGCGGCAAGCUCGGUCUGACUGGUGACUCGGGCCUUCUGAAGGACACUCGCCCUACUCUUUCCUCCUCGCAGAGCGGAUCGGCGAUUCCCGGUCGCAGGCUGUCCAACGCCGCCCUCUCGGGGUCCCCGCAGCUCUUCGACUUCGCGAAGACCGACCGCCGCCCUGGCGCCGGAGGAAGGACCAGCAGCGCUCGCUCCAAUGGUAUCGCCGCCUCGCUCCCAAGCCAGGGCAUUGCCGGCGGCGCCCCCAUCCAUGUCAACCCUCCCCCCGCUGUGGCCCCCCAGGAUGACAUGGAGCUGGACAUGGAGUUUGACGGUGACGACGAGGACCGCUCAGGCAACCGCAGCGGCAGCGCCGAGUUCGACAUGGAGAUCGAGGAUGAGAACGAGUACAAGGGCGAGUGGGAGAAGCUUGCGCUUGGCACUGGCUCUGGAGGUAUCAAGGGGCGACGAAAGGGCAUGGUCUUCAAGUGCGAGAGCUGCGCCAAGGAGUACCGUCAUCCUUCGUGUCUGAUCAAGCAUCGCUGGGAGCACUCGCCCCACUGGCGCGAGCCCACUCAGAUCUCGAUGUCGAAGCACCAGCAGGUUCAGAUGCUCGAGGCUGCCGCGAUUCUCGCCCACAUGGACCCCUCGAACGCGCACGGAAGGUCGCUCCCGAACGACAAAUCGCUCUGGCCGGCCAUUCUCUCGCCCUCCUCGGGCCCUUCGCCCCUCCUGCGCUCGGCCAAGUCGAGCUCUCGGGAACUUCCCCGCUCGCCCAGCGUCAACCCUCCGCCGCUCACGCCCUCCUCGCUCCGCGAGAGCUCUGUACUCAAGGACCGCAAGGCCAGCCCGGGUUCGGACUCGACCAACUCGAUGGACGGUGCGGACUCGCUCGGCACCUCGCCCAACCCCAACACGCUCGGCCUCAAGGGCCACGGCCUGUCGCGCCCCAUGGGCAUCAACGCUACUGGACGCCGAUCAUCUGUCUCGUCUGGUCCCGGUGGACCUGCGACCCCCGCAUCUCUCGGCUCUCUCGGUGCCGACAUGAACGGAUUACAUUUCCACAGCGGCACCCCGACUGGCACGUCUCCCAUCCCGAACCGCGGCCUGCCCCUCUCGCUGACCGCUCGCGCGACCAUGAUCGGCGGUGGCAUGUUUGGCCAGCGAGGGGCCAGCUUCAAGCUGCCCGACUCGAGUGUUCGCGGCGGUGCCGAGGAGGAAGAGGACGAGCUGCGCUUCAACAACCGUGGCAAGUCGAGCUCUGAGGAGGCCGAUGAGCGAAGGAGAGACAAUGACGAGCCUGCCUUCGGGAUCGACAACAUGGAUCUCUGA